UUAAUGAUAAAACAUGCGUUUAUUUUUAUUGAAUAAUUUGAAAUUUUUGGAUGGUGGUGGUAAAGGAUUUCAUCAAAUUCGAUCAUUAUCAUCAUCAAAUUCAGUACUGCUGUCCACUAAUGAUGAUGGUAAUCGUGGUAUUAGACGAUUAAUACUGAAUAAUCCAAAAAAACGAAAUGCAUUAUCAUUGAACAUGUUACAAGAAUUGAAUAAACAAUUUGAUACAAUGGAAAAACAAUGUAUCCAUCCAAUACAACAACAACAACCAAAAUCUAAUCAUCAAUCGACAACUGAUGAUAGCAAAACAUUAUUACGUGCAAUUGUCAUUUCAUCAAAUUCAGAGAAAAUAUUUUCAUCUGGUCAUGAUCUUAAGGAAUUGAAAUUAAAUAAUGAUCCCAAAUAUCACCAAUUAAUAUUUGAUGAAUGUACAAGAUUAAUGUUACGUUUACGUUCAAUACCUGUUCCGGUUAUUUGUCAAGUUGAUGGCUUAGCAGCCGCUGCUGGUUGUCAACUAGUUGCAUCAUGUGAUAUUGUUUUGGCUACUGAACGUAGUCAAUUUUCAACACCCGGUGCUAGUGUAGGUUUAUUUUGUUCAACACCUGGUAUUGCUGUUGCACGUACCGUUAACCGACGUUGGGCUUCAUAUAUGUUAUUGACUGGUCGUGCAAUCAAUGCAAAUGAGGCAUUUAUUAGUGGUCUUGUUACUUGUGUAUCACCAACUUUCGAAACAAUGCAAACACAGACUGAAUCAAUAUUGGAAUCAAUCAUAACAAAACCUGCAUCAGUUAUUGCUUUAGGCAAACAAUUUAUGUAUAAACAAAUGGAAAUGAAUAAUUUAGCCGAUGCUUAUAGUCAAGGAUCCCGAAUAAUGGUAGAUAAUUUAUCAAUGAAAGAUUGCCAAGAAGGUAUCGAUGCAUUUCUACAAAAACGUCAACCAAAUUGGACCCAUUCGAAUGAAUGAAUGAAUCAUCAAUAUUGAUUUAAUAAAAAAUUUGAUUGAAAAUCCAAA